AUGGCAAUUUAUGAUGUGAAGCUUGGGAUCAUAAACUUUGAGAAAGGCCACAAAAUAAUAGCAUAUCUUCUGCUGUCUGCAUCGACAUCAGCAGCGUUCAGAGUGGAGGACUGGGAAUCCAACUGGGGGAGUGACGAGUUCUCGGGCAUGGCACGAGCAUCUCUCAUCCUGUCGUUCCUAGCUUUUGUUGCCUUUGCAUCGAGCUCGAUUCUGUCUGGUUACACUCUCUUCACUUCACAUUCAUUGUAGUACCUACUUUGAGAUCCUCUUGGUGUGCUUGGAAUGGGGAAAGAUAUACGAUGGAGAAUAAUGAAUACCAUACAAACUUGUGUACAUAGUAGUGAGAAUAUUUGCAUAAUACUCGGGACUAGAUACAGAGAGACUAGAUGAGCUUGAUCGAUGGCUCUCACGAUCUCCUUUCUCAUCCAUGGUUGGUGUAUGAGUUUUGAUAGGGCGUGUCAAUUGUUUGUUGUAUUCAAUUAGACGUUUAGGUGGCAUUUGAGAAGGAAUUGUACGUUGUAGCACUUUUGCCACUCAUAAACUCAUGCUACCUUUUCUGUUACAACAUCUUAAUUUGAGAAAUCUGUAGCUUGCCUCCCCU